UUUUCGCGUGUUUUGUACGUGAAGCGAUGGCCUUAUCAAGCCUUUAAUCAUGGAUAUCAAAACGUUGCUUGCCAAUCUUCACGAAGAAGUAUCCUGUUCUGUGUGUAUGGUAACAUUUACCGAACCAAAACAGCUACCAUGUUUGCACAGCUUUUGCCUGCAUUGUUUAGAGGGAAUUCAAAGGACGAGUGGCCGCCAUGAUGUCAUAACAUGUCCUGAGUGUCGAAGAGAGAGUCAAGUCCCUGGAGGAAAACUCAAAGAUCUGCCCACCAACUUUCGCAUCAACAGCUUACUAGAUGUGUUGGCCAUAAGGGAGUGCAACUCUACUGGAGUCAAAUGCGGAAACUGCGACAAACGAAGAGUAGAAAGUUUCUACUGUUUUCAGUGCUACUCGUUCUGGUGUGACGAGUGUAUUACAGGCCACAAUAUUAUCCGAGCAAAUAAAGAACACCGAGUUCUCGCGCUUAAAGAUUUUGAAGAUCAAGACAUCGAGGUUGUCUUAAAACGACCAGCAUUUUGUUCACGACCGGGCCACGAAAAGAAAGAACUGGAAUUCUUCUGUAAGAAAUGUCAAGAAACCGUUUGCAGUUCAUGCGUUGUGACCGCUCACGAUGGACAUGUUAAGGUACUCCUAGAAGAAGCGGCAAAUGAAAAGAAAUCGCAAGUCAUGUCCGCGAUUGAGUCCAGAAAAGCAAAUGUGCAAAAGAUGAGAAACAAAAUAUCUAAAAUUGAUGAGGCCUGUCAUAACAUCGAAGCAAACGUCGCAAAAGUAAAAAGAAGCGCGCAACAGUUUGCUGAAAGCAUGAUUACUGUCAUCGAAGCCAAGAAACAGCAAAUCUUUUCUGAAGCGGAUCAUGAGGCGCAACAAUCUCUGCAACGUUUGCGAGCACAAAGGAUCGACAUUGAAAACAAGGUCAAAAACAUCGAAACAGCAGUAGGAAAAUCUGAAACACUAAUAAAACGAAGCACAAACGCAGAGCUUGCACAGAUAGAUAAAACACUGAGCACAAUAAUCCCGAAAGAAGUCGAUGAUGAGCGAGAAGAAGAGGACUGUGACCUUGAAGGACUACGUCAAUUUAUUUUCGAGGAAAACGAAUCCUUAAAGAAAAGAACGAACGAUGAAGGAAUCGGCUGUAUUCGUACGUUUUCCAACAAGACCAAAGUGGAUCAGUCGAUUGCUGAGGGAAAAGGACUCACGGAAGCGAUUGUUGGAAUUCAAGCGAACUUUGUUCUCACAACAAGAAAUGCUGAAGGACAACAAUGCUACGAAAAGCGUGACCGAGUAACAGCAGAAAUAAAAAAUCACCAAGGCCAUGACUGUGCAGCAGAAGUUCGAGUCCAAAAUAAGAAAGAUGGAAGCUACAAGAUCAGCUAUUUUGCCAAAGAAAGUGGAAGACUCAAGGCGGUAGUCAAAGUGAAUGAAGAACAAGUUCGAGGCAGUCCAUUUCCGGUUCAAGUGAAACCCAGACAGUUCAGACCCGUGCUAUCUUUUGGCCAACAAGGUUCGCCUACUGGAAUGUUAAGGUCACCCUGGGGAGUGGCAGUGAAUGAACGCGAUGAAAUUACAGUGACUGAACGCGGUAAAGACAGGGUUCAAGUUUUCAGUAGUGAUGGAACUUACUUACGGUCGUUUGGUAGAGAGGGUGAUAAACAGGGAGAGUUUGAUAACCCAGCCGGGAUAACACUACAUGAGACCAAGAACAUUAUAGUCGUGGACACCCGUAACCACCGUAUUCAAUACUUCAAUGAGCAGGGUGAGUACCUGAAACAGUUUGGUUGUAAAGGGAAUCUUGAUCACCAGCUGUCUAAUCCCCUUGGUUUAUUUGUAUGUAGUAAAGGCAAUAUUAUUGUUGCUGAUAGCCAUAACAAAUCAAUUAAGAUCUUUUCUUCUGACGGCCAUUAUUUGAGUAAAUUCGGGGGUGAGGGUUUUUUUACCUUUCCUUUUCACUGCAUACAGUAUGACAAAUAUCUGAUAGUGUCAGACAAUGAAGAACAUUGUAUCAAAGUGUUUGAUAAAAAUGGUUAUUUUUUAUACAAAUUUGGAAAGAAGGGGAAGAGGGACGGGGAGUUCAAUAAACCUUAUUGUUUGUCAGUUAACAAGGCAGGACACCUGAUGGUUUGUGAUGCACAUAAUCACAGAGUUCAGGUAUUUGAGCUGAGCGGAAAGUUUAUAACAAAAUUUGGAUCAAAAGGAAAGAGUACAGGAGAGUUUAAUAUCCCUAUCUCUUCUGCAGUGCUUAGUGAUGGUCGAAUAGUUGUGUCUGACUUUUACAACCAUCGCAUUCAGAUAUUUGAAUAG